UAUAAUUUCAAUAGGUUUGACGACAAAUCAAAUAUAUCAUAUAUCCAAAUAUGAUUAUUCCAGAGUUUUUGUCAGGAUGUUGACUCAGCCCUUCAAUAUAACUUCUAUAAUUGCCUAUUUGUACGGAUCUUGCUGUCUUUCCUUGUUGCUGUUGUUGUGUGUUUGACACUUGCCACUUGCGCUUUGACCAUGUCAUCACCAACGUGCUUCGGGUUUGAGCUCAAGCAUGGCUGGGUGGUGUUUUGCCACGUUCCUUUUACCUGAAAACACUUCGACCAGAGCACCAGGAGCAAGACAGCGUCAAGUUCCCCGUGGUCAUCAAGGAUCCCUACGGAUAUUCGAGCUUGGGCUUAAUGCAAGCCGGAAACAAGGAGGAGUUCCUCAAGGACGCGCAGCGUCGCGAGAAGCAGAUCCGUCGCGAGAAGAACAGCGGAUGGGUGGUUGCUUUACGCGAAGCUCGGGUGACUUACAUUGCCGGAAGACCCUUCCAUGGCUACUGGCGCAUAAGGCAGUCUUUGAAAUCUGCUUCGGCUGCAAGCAACCAUGGUGGCUACCAAGAUUUCAGCUUUCCUUUGGAAGACAUUGCUCCCUAUGUUGCUGAAUUUGCUUCCGUGACUGGAAUACCAGUUGGAGGUGUUGACUUCAUUUGGGAGGAGGAGAAUGCAGAUGUGAAGACGAUGCCGUACACUCUUGAGGCAGCCAGCUUUUACAUUGACAUGGGAUCAAGCUCGAUACUUUGGCUCUUUGCACAUGGGGUGCCAGAGAAGUUCAUUGACUGGGCUGAAGAGCCCAUCGGGAACAUCAGAGAAACGCGGUGGCAGGGAAGCAAAAAAGCAUACACCGCUGCAGAGGUGAUACAAGACAAGCCAGUUCCUGGAGCCGCAGACGCCCUUCGCAGGCUACGGACAGACUACUUCAUCCGCUUCUUGACGGCACGAGGUUCAUAUGAGGACCCUUUCAAUGUCACUCAGACGUGGCUAGACCUUAACGGGUUCGAGUAUGACGAGCUCCUUGUGGUUGAUGGACCUGAAGCCAAGGUGCACGUCUUGUUGGUGUUGCUAUUUAAUAUGAUCGUUAGAAGACCUUGCCCGGCUUUCCUUGUUGAAGGAUUCAUUUUGGAUUACUUGGCUGUCACAAAAGUCCAAGCAGGAAGGCUGAAACCAAAGAGAAUCGGCAAGCUUUCCUUGUUGCUUACAGGUUGCGCACCUUUCCACCCAGUCCAUACUGGUGGAUGA